ACACGCCCAGCCUCAGCACCAGCGCAUCCUUUCUCCACGGGGUUUUCCCCCCCUCUGUCCGCACCAACAUUACAAGAAACCAUGAGAGGGAUGAGGCCUUACUGAUAAGGACAAACACUAACGGACCUCGUUCUUCUCGUCCCGAGCUCGUUUCUCGCGGUUCGUUAUGUCUUGGAGCCUGCUCCCCCUCUCGCCAUGCCCGCCGCUGAACGCUCCCUGCUGCCGCCGCUGCUGCUCUUUCUGCCGUCGUUGCUUUUGAUUUCGUGCCUGGAUGGGGCGGUGAGAGCAGCGGAGGAGGGCGGCGGCCUGCCCUCCUCCUCGCCCGGGGACAAUGGCCUCACCGUGGCGGUCGGAGACGCGUCUGCCACGGAAGCGACCGCCCGAUUUCUGAGCUCCUCUACUCUGAUAGAAGAGGCCCAGUUUGCCCUGAAGGUCCUGGUGCGGGACCUGGUUACCCGUCAGGCACUGCCGGGGGCUUCCGUGGACGUCUACGUAAACCACACUCUGAGGAGCUCUGCCCGUACGGGGGAGAAAGGUGAGGUUCUGCUCUGGGUGGUGUACAGUCCAGGCCUCAGUCUGACUCUGCUGGGCAACAUGCAGGGCUACGUCCCCACCCCCCUGCCCUGGAGCACCGCCAAGAAACCAAUUUUCUCUGCUGUGACGUUGCUGCUGCUCCCUCACAGUCAGGGCAACAUCUGGCUAUUUGAAGACUCAGUACUCAUCAGUGGGAAGUUACCUGACAGCUCAUCCCAACCCAGGGUUAAGUUCCCCAAGAACCUCCUGACAAUGUCUGAUAAGAGCAACGUCUCCUCUGUGACAGCGUACCUGACUGUACCACAGCACCACCUAGCCAAAGACUGCGCCAACUGCACUCCAGGCAUCAUCAGCAAUAAAUCAUUGUUGAAAAGCAUCGAGCUGAAGGCGGUGGCAGCUGUGGAUGUCCUGCUGUACUCUGGUGGUGAGGAGCUCCAGGUCCGAGGGCCCAUUCAGAUCAGUCUACCCCUGGGACACAGCACGCACCUCAGGGCCUCUGAUACUGUGCCAGCAUGGGCCUUUAAUCUCAAAACAGGUGCCUGGGAGAAUCAGGGUCUGGGAAUAGUGAAAACAGUUGGUGAUGAGCUGGUCUGGACCUACACCGCUUCCCAUCUGGGCUACUGGAUUGCCGCUCCUGUUCCCUCGUUGAACGAUUACCUGACACAUGGAGGCUCUCUGGAUUUCCUGUCAUACCACACCUUCCUGUUGAUGGGAAUACUGGGAGCGACGCUGGCUAUCGUGAUAGCAUUUCUGUCCUUGCUGCUGUGUCACUGCGGGGGAGCUUCUUAUCGUGAGCCCAGGAGGAGCAGGAGAGCUCGCUUUUCCAAACUCACAGUGGUGAAAAAAGACCAAACCACCUCCACCCACAUGGAAGAGGGUUUAUUGUUCCGUUCUGGCGACAACAGCCUCGCUUCCUGCAGUGUCCAGUGUGAACCCUCGUCCACCCCGAGGCACAAAGCCAACUACAACAUCUAUGUGGAGGAUCCAGGAGGUCGCUCGGCAGCUCCUCUUUAUGAGAACAUCGCUCUGGAUCGGAUCAAAGGCUCGCAGCCGCCUUCUCACUACAUCAACAGUGAAGAGGUGGCUCGGCUUCGGGAGAAGUCAGAGCAGAACAGGGCCAACAUGAACUCUGACAACUUCUUUCCAGAUAAGCUGGUUAAUAUUUACAACCAGCCGGUGGCUAUUAUUCAGGCGCCAGAGCUUUUCAGUGUUCAGGAGCAGCAACUGUCAAACUGCAAGUCUGCUACUUUCCCUCGCAACGGAGCUGAGUAUGACGCCCACUCAGAGCCUGCAAGUAAAGACAGCUACACCCAGACACUCCCCAAAGUCCCUCACCACCACUCCCAAGGUGGAGGCAGCCCACAGCAGUGCAACCAAGAUGAGCCCCAGCCUCUGGAGACUCCUCCUCCAGGUCAAGGGCCAAACGCCGUAGUGUGGGGACGCUACAGUAACCUCCUGGAAUCUUCCGUCUCUGUGCCUGGGACUCUUAAUGAGGCAGCUGGUAUGGAGGCCUUCAGCAGUGGGCAUGGUGUACCCAGCGAGCUGCAGGGGAUUUCAGAGCGCACCUUGCUGGAGCUGACACGAGGAAAGGGGCACCCCAGGGCCUGGUUCGUCUCCUUAGAUGGGAAACCGGCCGCACAGGUUCGCCACUCCAUCAUUGAGCUGCAGAAUCGCCACCGCCCGCCCAGCAGCAAUGACACCAGCCUGGACUCUGGGGUGGACAUGAACGAGCCCCUGCAUAAUAUCCGGGAGACAGAGCGGGACAGGCCCUCGCUCAGGGCCUCGUCUCUGCCGCACCACAGCCGGGCGGGGCGUUACGGUGAAGAACAGGACCUGAGCAGUAGCGAGAGUGGCACAACAGCCACCUGCACACCGGAGGACCCUUACCUGAGGAACAUUUUAGACGGGAGCAGUGGGGCUAUUCCCAACAUUCCUGAAGAGCGGGACGGGAUGGACACAUCCAGCGCUCAGGAGGACAGCGAGUCGAGAGGCACGCCGCCUCCACGCCGCCUGAGGAAGGUGAGGGAGAAGGGGAAGACGGAAAAGAGGAAGCAUGUCCGCGAGGCGAGACCUCUGACCAAGCGCAGUUAGAGCAUGGCUCAUUGGAAACAAGCAUUUUUUUCAUCAGUGCUUAUUUUAAAUAAAACCUACAUUAAGCUAUUUUCAUCACAAGGCAUCGUCAUCCAAUUCGUUUUGACCACUUGUGCAGGCAUUGUUGUUGUGUUGUUGUUGUACAACUUUGCCAAAGAAUGCAUACGCUAUGCUCAAGAAUAAAAGCAGGAUUUAUGUCAUGUUGAAGCAUCACGUCUCUGCCGUUAGACAAGUCUGUGCACCAUGUUCUCUCAUUCUCCCGAAUCUGAAGUUCACCAGCGAGAUUCUUCACAGCAAAAAGUCCUCGAGAACACGAUAUCCCACUGUCCCCAAUGCUGGCAUUAAAGAGGGUGCCUUCUUACUGCCUGUUAUCAUUUAAUGUGAUCACAUAAGGCACAGUAUUUGUCAAAUCUGGUGAGUUUGCAGGAUGGAUACAGAUAUAGGUCUAUGUAUAGUGCACUUAUCCUCAUCAUAAAAGCCUGCUGUAAAUUCAAUAAGAUAUAGAAGCUUUCCCGUUUUGCAAUUCUAACAUCUUGUUUCAGCCUCAUUUUACUUAAAAAAAAAAAAGAGACUCUGGGGUUCAUGAACAGACUCAGUUAUUGGAAUCAGAAAGAUUCACGACAUAUCGGUUUUGUUGACAAAUAAUCAGAUUGUUCCAUGAUCGACUCCAGUGGAUUUUGGAGUAAAAUUCUGAUGUACAUUGUAAAGCUUAGCUGCCAUUUUGAAGCGAUCUCACCUUAUAUUCAAGGUUAUAAGCCUUCGAUUGUUUUAGAAUGCAUGAAAAUGAAUGUUUCUGUGUGUGUAUGAUAAACUUUUUGCAUUUUACUGUAGAGCUAAUAUUACAUAGCUGUUUGAUAACUUGGGGACUGAAUGGUUUAUUUCAUUGUCUAGUCUUGGAAGGAGACUUUGUUGUGCUGCCAACUUUAACUACUGGAAGAAACUUUUGAACAAUACCCCAGGACUUUUUUUUUCUCCCAUGAUCAUUUUAUCAAAAUGUAAUAACUACACCUAAAUCUUAAGAGGAAACCAUUUGAUUAAGCGAAAUAUUAACAAUUUGCUAUUUAAGGUGGCAGAUUUAGUUAUUUUAGGGGGUCUUAAUCUUUUUCUUAGUCCACCUCCCCAAAUUAUGUUAUUUUCUUUAAAAUAAAAUCCCUUAUAAUUAUAUAACAAUAAUUUGGUGCCUUGGAAUCUUGCUUCCACAACCCGUAUUUCUACUCUCAUGAUACUUUUUGUUUUGUUUUGUAUUGACACCACAAGCCCGAAAAAAGAGAGGUCUUUGUUUUUUUUUUAAUUAUUUUCCAAUUGACAGUUUUAAAAUGACAUUUGCACAGAAAUUUAGUGUUCCCAGAUACGGGAGCCCAUUUCCACCAGUGUGAUGGAGAAAAAAAAAGAUCCUGUAAGUCAUUAUAAUGAGAAACUCUUAAAAUAACUACUUAGCAUUUCAAAAUGGUAAUCGAGUAUUGCAAUAUAAUAACUUAAUGUUUAAAAGUAAGGACAUAUUAUCUCAUUAUUUGAGAUACCAACUUAUUUUUCAAGAAUAAGCCACAAUUUUCAGAAAACGUAUUAUUUUGAAAAACUAAAUAAUUAUUUCAAGGUAAGUCAUAUAUUUGAGAAUGUUCCUCAUUUUCCAAAUACGUCUAUGUUGCGAUAUGAACUCAUGAUUUUGAGGUACUUUAAGAUAUUAAGUCAACGAGUUAUUUGCUAUAAUUUUGAGUACUUACUACUACUAUUACUGAGUCAAUAUUUUGAGAAAGUUUCUCAUUAUAAAGACAAACAGGAUCUUGUUAUUACAUGGCUAAAUUUUCAGGGAAAAAAAAAAAAUUACUGGCAGAAAUGGGCUUUCAUACACAGGAUGAAACUUAAUGACUCAUAAUUUUUCCCCUAAAGCCACAAUGAGGUUGAUGUGUGGUUUUGUGUAAAAAAAACGAAUAUUGAAUGAAUUAUUGCCUUUCUCAAAAUGAAUCAGCGGUGAUCCAUAAACAAGCCUGCCUUUCACAUCUGUCCAGUAUUUGACAUAGCAGUUUUUUUCAAGUCAAACAUAGCACACUACAGUUUACUAUGUGCUUAUUGUGACUCUUGUACACAGCAUUUCCAGAAGCCCUAUCACAUUUUGAGAGUGUAAAUAUUACAAAAUCAGUGCUAACAGUACAAUACUGAACACUGACACCAUUGGCCAUCCAUUAAAAGCAGUUUUACUAGCAAUAUUUACCAUAAAUCCAAACUUAAAAUGGGACGUUGCAGCGACAAUUUUGCCAUAUUCAGUCUUCCGUCAUACUGUAAAAUUUUUCCCUGAUGAGUUCUCUUUGUAUGUUAAAGCUCGAAUGUGUAGCUACAUUCACGUUCUUUUGUAUGUAAAUAGUAAAGCAACAUUUUAUGUAUCUGUGGAUGUAAUUUAAGUUUUUUGUGCCGUUUUGUUUUCAUCUAAAAGCAAAAGUCUGCAGUGUGUUCCAUUGAAUGGUUGAAUGGCAAGGUUUUUGAACCAGUCAUGUGAGAUAUGUUAUUGAUAUGAAUUUUUUUUAAAGGUUAGCCUAAAGAGAGAGUCUUUUUAAAGAGGAGUGUACAACAAGCCUGAGCUUUGUCAUUUUAAAUGUAGCAACAAGUUUAGCACUUAAUCGUUCAGUAUGCUUUACGAAUGAAAGUACUUUUUCCUGCUAGUCAGCUUGAAAACACGACGUACCCUGGCUUCACACAGAGUAGUUUGUGAACACUUUGUGCUGGUAACUCUUGACGAGCUAAUCAAACCUACUGCCACUCCCACUUUAAAGUGAUCUCGCUGAAUGUAUUUGUAUUGAUUUGAAUGUGUUCUAUAGUGUGCUCCUCUUGUGUCUGAACCUCAUGGACUUUUGUUUUUUCCAAAAUGGGCACCUCUUGUGUUUACCUCUGUAAUGAUGGUAGUGUUAUUAGUCUUGCCUUUUUGUGCACUAAAUUAAUAAACUUACUUGAUACCAAA